AUGGCUCCACUCGAACUCUGGGGAAAUCAUAUCCCGCCGAUUACAUCGGCCAAGCAUCUCGCCGAUCUCCGUCAGAAGCACGGAGUUCCUCCAAACGUGGAGAUGAUACUCCGUUCUGACGACCCGUUUUCUCCGGAGACCGUUCCGCCGGGUUUCUGCUGUGCUUAUACUGUAUAUUUCGAAAAGUGCGGGCUCGUGUUCCCUAUCCCGAGGAUUAUCUUCCAGAUCCUCCAACGCCUUCGAAUGGCGUUUCCCCAGAUGUGUCCAAACUUUGUUCGGCAUGUCAUGGGGGUGUACGUUCGAGGUCGCGAACUAGGAUUCGAACUCGGGGUCGAUGACAUCCUCCGGUUGUACCUCAUCAAACACAACUCCGGGUUUCCCGGGACAUUCUACACCUGUCGCCGCCGCAGCCCGGAGAUAAUUCAGGCGCUCCCGGGGAAGGACGACCGGUGGAGAGAAAAAUAUUUUUACUUCCGGGUUACUCCGGCAGCGGUGGGGGACUACAACUUUGCUCGUCUCCCCACCCAAUGGGCCGUAUGCGUUGGUCAGAAUGACCCUUUAGUUCUUAGUUGUUAUUCAGAAGAACCUCCGAGAAUACCAGCGACCCGAGAACUGAUCGAGAGGCUACGAGCAGGCGAGGUCCGGUGGAACUCAUUCACGCGUGCUCGUAUAAUAGCAGCCCUCAACGCCCCGUUAGUCCGAGACACCGCAGCUCCGGUCCCGCCGCUUCCUGCUAACCCAGCGAGGAGCGAAAGAGCAGACAACUCCCCCGCUCGCAGAGAAUUAAGUUCUUCUUCGACCUCAACCCCGCUACGUACCAUGGUUAGGAAGCCGUCACUCCGUGAACUCAGGGAGCAGUCGCAGCAACCCCGUAGGGUCCGAGCAGGCGAUGUUGACGCCGCGCUGGCCAAUGCCCUUCGAGCCGUUCAGCCCGCACCGUCUCGGGUAGUUAGCGAGGAGGUGAACCAAGCCCCCGUGAUCUCAACCGGUCCCUCUGGUCCGGCUAAGGAGGUCAUGCUCGUCAGCUCGCAGUCGACUCAUGCCGAGCCGUCUCCGACGCCAAAAAGGGCUCGUACAGAUAAUCCCCGGAUCCCCGAGACGAGGAGCCGCGAAAGCCGUGGAGGCUACCCCGCGGGUGGAAACCCAGAGGCUCCAGCUGGGGAGCCGAUUCACUCAGGAAACGGGUCAUCGUCGAGCCGCCCGUUCCAUUGGAGGUUUGCUCACUCCCGAGACUCCCCGGCGGUAGAGGACCACCUGGGAAUGGCGACCCUCUUCCGUCACUUGAAGACGGCUAACUGCCAAGUCCCGCUUGUGAAGGAUCUCGUUGAGAGAGAAGCGUACAUCGAGGCGAUGGCGGCCCAUGCGAAGUCCGUCGCUGCUGACAACAAGCUGAUCGUGCUUUAUGAGCGGAGGCUUAAGGAUACCCCGCAGGCUGCUGAGCUCGAGAACACAACGCGGGUGGUUCACGAGCUGACAACGGCUCUCAAGGCUGCUCAGGAGAGAGAGGGAGCUGCAAACGGCAAGGUUGCGAGCUUAGAGGACGAGCUAACGUCCUUGAGGAGUAUUCAGGAUAAGCUCCUUUCCGUUGAAGCUGACCUCGCUUCCGCCCAAGAUGCUCAUGCGAUGGCGGCAAGGGACCGGGACCUCUUGAAAACAGAGAACAAAUGGCUGAAGGAGAAAGCCGAGGGCAUCGAACAGAAGCAUGCAGAGGCGACUCGUCAAGCUGUUCGUGAGGCCAAGGAGCGGAUGUCCCAAGACUACCGGGCGGUGCUGGACUCGGUGAAGAGCAAGUGGGAGAGGAAGAAAGAGAAAACCGCGGUCGAGAGCGAUCUCGCAGAGAUCGAGUCCAACCUUCUUCUGAUCAAGCAAAUCGAUGAGGGGAGGACAUCGAUUGCGGAGGAGGUGCAAGUUCUCGAGACGCAGCGGGCGGUCCUUGCGAUCUCGGAAGACUCGGUCGCGCCCAUGGAGGUUGAUGCCGGAACCGGGGUCCCGCGUGGUCUAGAUGAGCAUGGGAGCAAUGCGAGCGUUGCGAAGGAUCCGGAGGCUGGGACCGGGGAAGAGGACGUCUAA